AUGAGCGAAAGCCAGAAGAACUGUGUGCUUGACAUCCUCGCGGACGAAGACUAUGUUCACAUCACCGACUCGCCCCGCCCUAACCUCGCUUUCGGUGGCCCACAAAGAUUGCUGGUGCUCUCUAGGAUCCAGUCUAGCCGUCAGAAAGGCACCGUCUUCGUUAUCCACGUGUAUAGUGAAGUUGAAUCGACAGAUCUUGUCGCCAUUGCUUCUGGCGAAGAAGUGAGGUUCCCCAACUGGUCCACCAAUUCGACUCGCUCGAAGACCGGCCUCCUCCCAUAA